UCCACUGCGGCGACCCCGGAUUAAUAAAGGGACUAAGCCGAAAAGAAAAUGAAUGAAUUAAUAGUCUUUCAAGAUACAUCAAAAAACGCCUGUAGAGGAUUCCAGGUAUGCCAGAAAUCAUCAGAUUUCUGACACAAGUCAUAAGUCAGUCUUUCUAAGGCUAAGAAAAUGGCAAUCUGAUUUAUCCACACUGGACGAAGAAAUGAAGAAAAGGACAGAAGAAUACAUUUCCUUGCUAGAUACAUACAAAAGUGUAACAAAGAUUAUAGUCCAUCACUAAGGUGUAGAGCAGUUUUACAAUUCAAAAGAUAAAUAGCUGGAGAUAGGGCAAAAGGUUUACCAAAAAUCUUCUGAACUAAUUUGUGGAUUUCUUUCCAGUAUGUCUUAUUCAUGUCACAGUCCCAGAAUAUAUGCAUCACAGUACCAGCAUUGGAUUUGCAUUAAAAACAAUGAGAAACAUUAGCAAAUAUCUUAUUGAGAUGAACUGGUGGUAAAUAAGUUCUGUAAAAGAAUUAAACAUUUUGCUUGUGGUUUGAUAUUGUGGUACCUUUGAAAAAUAUGCCAAAACAGACCUAAAGCCUUUUUUUUUUUUCAAUAAAAUUUGUUCCACAAUCUUUCUCUCAUAACUUUGAAGGAGGUAAGGGAAGAACACCCUACAUUAGAUAACAGUGAGUAAAAAAAGAUAUCUUCCUUUUGAGAAAAAGUGAAGAAUACAAUUGUUUUUCCAUGUUAAAAAGUUUAAGAUGUAUUCAGUUAUCCUUAAGGGACGAUUCUAGAAAAUGAAAUAUCUGGCCUAAUCUGAUGUAAUUCCAAAAUUAUCAUAAUCCCUUUUAGUCUUCUUGAUCAAAAACCAAUGUUCUGAAUAGCAGGGGGAAGAUCAGGGUUACACGAAAUAGGAGAUUUUAAGGAAAGAGUAUAAGUAAUAUUGAAAUAGUUCACCACAUCUUCCCAUACCAAGAGAGUGUUUGAUACUGUAAAGAUAUUGAUGAAUUUGCAUUUUAAUAAUGCAUUAGUAAAUGUUGAACUAUGAUUAAUAAAUGCUGUAAAGUAAUGUUCAUUGUUAACUCAUUCUUUUUAGUAAAUCCAUGAACUAACAAUUACUAAUAAAUGUAAUUGUAAAAUGUGACCAUUAUUUUGUGUUUUGUGCUGUAUUGUGUGAUUGGGCAGGUCUGUGUACUCUUGGAGGCAUGUUUUCCUCACUGUUUCGCUGCUCUGUUCUCCUGAUGUUUCCUAGUAUGAUUGGAUCUCAUGGUCGUACAUUUUUGAUGGUUUUUGUGCUCCAUGGACUUUAUCAAGGCCCUAUUGCGAACAUCCAGCAUAAUGUACAGGAUGUGGCCUCCUCCAUGGGCUGUAACAUAGACCUGCAGAUCACACACAGCAAGCUGAUGUGGAGAAUGCUGACAGAGCCUUAUGUGGAAGUAGUGCAGGAGAUAGUGGUGAAUGAGGACAGUGAAGAAUUUCAAAACGAGGCUCAAAAUGUGAGCAUGCAGUUCCAGAAGGUUCGGGAUGAAGUAAUGGGUCAGUAUGGAUUUAACUCUCUUGGGAAGGAGUCUGUCCAUACAGCCAACAGCACUCAGGAGGAGUAUGUAGCCAAGACUAGAGCACGCUGUGACUAUGUGGUGCAGCAGGGAAUCACCCGAUGUCAAGACUGGUUCAGGGUGAAGUGGGAUGAAUGUAUGAAUACUAUUCAAGUCCCUCUUAUUAACCACUUCAUCUGCAUACCAAUGCAGUUCCACUUUCUCUGUGAUAUCAUGAGAGUGAUGAACCCUUGGUGCACAGAGAAGAUUCCAGUUGAAGGAAACUUUGGUCAGACCUUUGAUAAAUUAAAUGACUCGAUCAACAGGCUUGCAGAACACUUCACCACCAAUUUAGUUCUUGAGGAAUUAGAGCAGCAAGCAGUGCUUGGAGUGAAUGUCCUUCAGGAUUUCUCAAAGGAGCUGAGCCGUGAGUUUCAGGAGAAAACAGCCAUUGCUGAGAAGAUAUCUGGGGUUAUUAACUUCCUUCUCUCAUUCACCUUUAUCACUGUGUUUACCUCAGCAUUUGGAUAUGUUCGUCAAUAUUGCAGAGACAUACUGUUCGACAAUGUCUACAUAACUACUUACUUCAGACAGAUUGACGCUCGCAGAAUCAGAGCUGAGAAGAGGCAUUUGCUGCCGCUGAAAAAAGCAGAGCGAGAGAGUUUGAUCAACCCAUGGAGAUUAUCUAUUCACGCCAGCGAGCUCAUGCCUGUGAUUGUAGGCUUCCUGCAAGUUGCAUCUCUAGCUCUAUUUGUGUGUGUUUUGCUUGCUGUUGAUGGAAUCCUGUACAACAUUUUUGACCUCAUUCGAAGGCACACUUUCACCACAUACUCUAUUACUAGUGUUCAGCAUGCAGACAUUGUGAUCGGUGGUGAUUCCAUGUUAGCCAGACUUUUGCGGAAAACUAUUGGUGCCUUCAACACCUCAUCCAACUUUGACAUAGAAUCCAGUAAUUUGGAUUGUUUGCCACAGCCGCAUUCUCUGAUCCUGUCAGACUACUUAAGGAUCUUCAUCCCUCUUUUAUUGAUGUUCCUAAUGUGUCUCCUGCAGGUGUACAGCAAUCGACUGCGCAGGGUAAUCACUGCCUUUUACUUCCCUAAGAGAGAAAAGAAACGCAUUCUCUUCCUGUACAACCUGCAAAUUCAGAAGCGCAUCUCUUUCAUCAACAGACAAUGUCAUCGGCUUAGAAAUCCAAAACAAACCUUUGUAAUGGUGCUGUCGGGUGUGUUGGCUCCUCUGAAGCGUGUGGGCUGUAGAUUGCUCUGGUGCUGUGUGUGUGAGGGGUUUGUGAGGCAGAAUCAAGCUGUGGAGUGCAGUUCUGUGGGUUGCACAAUGAUCUAUUGUCAGCAGUGCUGGACAGACCUGGACAACAUCUGCUGCAUCUGCUACCCUCGUAACCAAUGUGCACCGCAAGACAGCAGCUAUGAUUCUGAAGUCUAUUAUGGCUGCUGAUAAACUUUACCUCCAAGCUUCAACUUCUUACAUGCUGUGUUUUCACAGUUCCAAAGUCAAUGAAUGGCUGAUGUUUUAUGCGUAGAAACUUAAAAAGGAUGGUAGAUCAAUAGACUUUUUUUAUUGGUAGAAAAUAAAGAAUUUCUACUGUAUAAAAUAUUUUAAAGCUUGGACUAAAUAAAAAAUAUAUAUUCAUAAUGUGUAUAAAAAUACCUAUGUGUUUUAAUUUACCUGGCUUAUUCAGGUCUACAUUUUGUAAUUGUAAGUAUACCAAUUCCCCUCCUAUGGCCUUUUGGGACAUCAGGUUGUCUGAGGACCCUCAGUAUUCUUCUAAGCAAACUUCUCAAAAUGACUUUUAAAUUAGUGGAAACAAACCUGGUUCUCAUUGUCUUGAAAAGCUUACAGGUCGCCCACAGAUACAGAUGUACACAAUCUUGUUGGUACCUUUCAAUUUUAUCCAGGCCAGGUUUAUUAGUUUGUCUUUUUUAAUGCAUGUGUUGAUCCACAAUUCGAAAGCAAUAUCUAAUUUUUAUCCAGUCAUUAUUAAUCAAUCAUUGCUUUUCCACUUUCAAGUUAUUCCAGUGACUGUAGAUUUCUUUCUUCAGUGGAGGGGUAUCAACGGUUUUGUCCAUGUUUGUAUCUGUGGGCUACCUGUAAGCUUUUCAAGACAGUGGGAAACAGUUUUUUUUCCACUUAAUCAAAAGUCAUUUUGAAAAGUUUGCUUAGAAGAUUACUGAGGCCUUCUAAUAGACACUCUGACAGGAGGGUAAUUGAAUAGAAGAAAAGUGAUGCCACUGAUGUUUAAGUAGAUACUUAAAGAAUGUUUCUUAAAUAUGGCAGAAUAUAUCAGAAUAUACAGUUAUAGGCAGAAUUAUUAAAUAGAUUUUCUUUUUCUUUUUUAAAUAUUUCCCAAAUUAUGUUU